UUUCAAGGAAAAGAAUAGUUUUGAAACUUAAGGACUUAAUAUGAUAAGACUUCUUGAAAGAUGAUGUCAUUGAAUAUAAGCUAACUUUCAUUUGUCUUAAACUUAUAGAGGCUCCCAUUUAUACGUCAUUCUGCGUACAGACCCUAGUGAUUUGUCAAGAUUUUAUAAGAUAGAAAAAGAGUAAAACUUAACAGAAGCUACAAACUCAGCUAUUUUGUUAGAUCUAUUCAAAUUUAGAAUAAGCUUCUCUUGGAUACAGAAAUAUUGCAGUGAGAUUAAGCUCCAUCUAGAGAUGUGUCAAGAUUAUAUACUUGUAUUUUGACAAAGGAAAAUGAGACCAAGGCAAACUUUAAAAUUAAUGGAGAAUCUUUUAUGAAGUUCAGGAAUUAUUCUAAUAUCCAUAAGUCUAUAAAUUCUCUUGUUUGAAUUGCAUUAACCUCUCGUGAUAUCCAAAUAGAUUAGAAUUUCCUUUUUCUUUAUCAACUUGCACGAACACAAUCUGUUGAGGAUCAACCAUUUCACUUCUCAGACUUCUGAGAUCUAGACCAUUGUAUUGCUGAAAUUGGUCUCUCUUUCUGAAGGAUGUGCAAUACAGGGGGAAAACUCAGAUCACAAGGAUCACGCCGAUUAUGAACAUAGCGAAGACUAACCAAUCACGCUUAACUUGUUUCAUAUGAUCCUCAAUAUGCUCAAUUUCAUCUUCAAACGCAGGUAGAGGAUGUAAGUCAGCUUUAAAGACACCAUGACCUUGAGUUGCAUCUUUUGCUAGGACUACAAUGACAGAGGUGUUAUCAUACCAGAUAUGGAAAUCUCUGAGGUCUCCAACAGGGCUGAUAGCUUCUGAAGAGGUGAAUUGGUCACGUUUCUCGAAGAAGGUAUGGUCAAGAUCUGUCUCAUAAAUAAAAGCAUCAAUAUUGGUAAACUCAUCUUCUAUCAAUCUGAGUCUGGAGGAAUACGAUCCUUUGUUCCUAAUCUUUACUACACAGACUAAUUCGGGGUGCACAUAGCUGAUAUUAAGGAAUAAAGGUGAAUGAUCCUUGGCGAUAAAUUUGGUGUUCUCACAGUCUUCAGAAGGAAGAGCCAAAAGAUAUCCAGCUUUGUCACCUAAUUUUUCAAGAUCAUUCGAACAUGUGACUCCGCUUAUUUGUCCACACUCUUCGCUGAGGUCAUCUAGGUCACAGCAAAUUCUGCUGCUGAGCUCUGACUUGAGGUUCCAACCGCAUAGCUUCUUUGUUGGAUCCUUGAGGCACUUGACUGAGUCCCUGCUCGUAUUCACUUCUGUGUAUCAGAAAGCUAGGGAUAACAGGCAAAUGAAAAUACUAAAUCUCAUAAUUAUUAUAUCUGCCAAUUC